UCAGUGAUACAGGCUUCACGUGUUUGCAGGUGUUAGAUCAUAUCUAUGCGUUUUAUCAGGUACUUGGAGUUUCCUUCCUUGAUUCAUCACUUCCACCAAUCAAUCAAUAGUUUUAUUGCAAUGGCUGUAUCUGUUAGACGUUUUUCCUCCUUUUUUAAGAAAGGAUCUUUUAACUGUUCUCCUGAGAGUUCUAGUGUUUGAAAAGCCACCAUACCGUGGUACUUAACUGUUCCAAUAUUGGCAUGGUAAUGACUUAUGUUGGAAUUAAGUAAAAUUUUUUAAGGUGAUAUGAGAUGCAUGAUCACCAUUCAAAAUUAUGAGGAGUUUAUUAUCAGCAAAUGUUGAUAUCAAAUUCUGACAUGAUUACUGCCAUCAGAUAUUAGAUGUCUUCUUACCUAGUUUUUUUUGUUUAUUUUGUUGCAGGAAAACAUGUCGGCUAAUGAAAUAGAGAUAGCAAUUCACACUGAUUCAAGGCAUGCUGAUCGGCUCCGAUCAGUGUACUCCAGUAAAGAAACGGCAGCACGUGGCUACGUGGAAUUUAAGCGGAUGGAUUUCUUAGGGAGUCGUAGAAGUUUUGAAAUGUUGAAGCGUGUUAAUGGGGAUAACAAUAGCAAUGUCUAUGAGUUAUUGAUCAGAGCAUAA